AGACAAGGCCGAAGAGAAAAUAAAGCUCGUAUCAAAAAUCUAGAAACUAUAUUGCACAAAAAUUAUCAGGCAGCCAAGAAUUCUCAAACAAAAUCCGAGAAUUCUAUAACGGAAGAAGAAUUACUUUCGCGUUAUCAGAAUCUAGAAUCCUCAUACGCUAUUGAAGUUAGCGAAAAGAAAAAGCAAGAAAACAAAGUAAAUGAAUUAGAAAUGCGUUAUAAAAAUUUAGAAUCAUCUUACAACGCAAUUGUUAAUGAAAAAGAGACAUUACUUAAGAGAAUAAAUGAACUCGAAUCACGUCAUGAAGCUAUAAAAGAAAUUGAAGAGAAAGCUUUAACAUUUGAAAGUUCACAUGCUCUUGUAGUGAAAGAAAACGAAGAUUUGCACACAAAUUUUAAUGAAUUACAAACUUUGUAUGAUUCAUCAAAAAUGCGAUGUAAUGAAUUGGAAGCAAAGAUAACUGAAUUAGAAGCAAAAAUAAGUGAACUAGAAGCAAAAAUAGAUGAAUUAGAAGCAAAAAUAGCCGAAUUAGAAAAAGUGUCACUUGAGCUUCGAAAUAAUGAACAGGAUAAUUUUUAUUCUGAACAUGUGGAAAGUAUUAUUAAGGAUCUAAAACAAAAAUAUCAAGAUUCAAAAUCAGAGAAUCAUAAACUUCAUGAUGAAUAUGAGAAAAAAAUAAGGGAUUUAGAUACUGUCCAACGCGAAUCAGAUCGGAAAUGUGUUAAAUUACGUGAAGAAAAUGAAUGGAUUAUUAAAGAAAAAGAAAUACUAAACGCAUCAAAGUCGAGCUUGGAAUUGAAGUUUAAUGAUAUUUUGACAGAAAAAAAUAAAUUAGAAGCUAUAUUUGAAGAAUAUAAACUAAAGUUUGAAGAAAAGGAAAGUUUGUAUAAACAAGGCCAAUCAGAGUUGAAUAAAAGAAUCGAAGAGUUAGAAGCCCAACAGCUUGGGCAAGAACAGAUCGAAACCGUGGAAGAGCGUUGGAAAAAAAAGAUUGAAGAACUCCAAAAGGAAAAGGAUGAAGCAAUUCAAAAAUACGAAUUAAACAAGCAAAAUUUACUUAACGAAAUUGAAAGUUGGAAGGCUAACCUCGACAGAAUGAAUUCAGCUCGCGAAGAAUAUGAAAAACUGCUUGAUAAGACACGUGAAAGAGUCAAACUUGCUGAACAAGAAAAUGCUGAAAAAAUGAAGGCUUUAGAACAGGUUGAAAAGUUGGUCAAAAACAUCACUGAAGCCAUUCUGGAAUAUAUGCCUAUUGUAACUGCCUAUGAUUCAUCUAAAUCUACUGAACAGGCAAAAUUAGAAACAAAUUUAAACCCUAUAAAUAUGAUACAAAAAGUCGGUAGUGUAGCGAAAUCCAUGGCCCAGGAAUUACAUGAUACAAAACAGGUUUGUUACAUUAUUGUUUACAAAAUGUAUUUAUUUGACUACAUCAAUUAAUGAAUUACUAAUUAUUAUUUACAGCUUUUCGAAAAUUCUAAAGU